GCACACAUUUCAUUUAAUCACAAAAUGGGAUUGCCCUGUCAUGCAUAUUGCAGCCACAUGAUUCUGUUGCGCCUACGCUGCUGCAUUUACGGUAGCUGAAUUUGCGAUGGGAGGGAUCAGAGGGCCCAGUGCCGCUCUCAUUGUCACUACAGCUCUGUUCGCACACAAGGGUAUUAGCGCCGCUCAUCAGCCUGAACCUCCAGAAGCCGCUGCCUUGCUCCCCACCCCCCUUGAGCCCUCUUUGCAGACAAAAAGCUGCCCUACCUCACCAGGUCUGAGCAGACACUUCAACUCAGCACCGGUCUUUUUAGUCCAUCAGUGAAGACAGCUCUUCAAGUUAGGUUGACCUGUCCCCUCCCCGGUGUCCCAGCAGGCAGACAUGGCAGACGGUCAGCAGCCAGACGAGCACUGGGCCUCAAACGGCCAGGAGAAUGGAGAGAAUGGCUACUCUGCCUACAGCUCUGCCUACAGGGAGAAUGGAUACCACGGUGGAGCAGCUGCACAUCCUGGAUCGACAGUGGAUGACUCAGCCAAUUUGCCUCCCUCCCCUCCCCCCUCUCCGUCCGCUGAGCAGUUUGGGCCCGUGGCACAAGCCCAGCCAGAUGAAUGUAUCAGUCAGGCAUCUUGUGAGCCUUCUAUGAAAGAAGAUGAACCUCAAGUGGCAUCGCUGCAUGAGAAGCAGUUGGCAGUUGAAAGAGCAACACCUGAAAGGGCAGAAGUUGCUUCGAUUGAACCUCCCCUUCCCUCUAUGAAAGAGACAGAGCCCACAGACACCUCCUCAGUUGAGCAGGGUAACCAAGAAACAAAGGAUUUAGUUGAAGAAGUUACUGAGAGUCACCUGCUUGUAGAGUCCAAAAACAAAGAAGCAAAACAACCUCUGACCGAGGAGUCAAAUCUUAAGGAGGAAGACAAAGAGGGAGUUAUCUUACCAAGCAAAUCAGAAGCCCCUAUGAAUGAAAGCAAGGAAAAGCCUGGGGUGGCUGAUGGGAACAAUAAGGAGUGCCUAGCUAGUGGCAGUGACAUUACGUUGCAUAAGACGCCAGUGACUGACAUUCAAAAAGGGGACCAAAGGCAAGAAACAGUCAAGUCAAGUCCGGAACCUGGCAAUGGGUUGAGAGCAACAUCAGAUAUUUCUGCAGGCCACGAGUCUGGAGCAAAAACCUACUUUGAGACAUCCUCAAAAAGUCAGGAACAGGACUCAUCACAAACCCAGAGCUACUACGAACUCAGCACAGCAGCAGAGGAAAAGUUACACGAGGAAACUAAAAGCAUUGUGCAGAAGCUCGAGGAACAACAGGAAAAGAAAGCCAGAACUUCCUCGUGUAAGAUGUCACUAGAACAAAGAAGCCUCUCCCUGAACAUUACUGUUGAGUCUUUGGCAGGACAGACAGUCAAGGGAGAGAAGUCAAGGACUUUGUGUCCAAUCAGUGGAAGCUUUGAUGAAUCUGAAGUUUACCCUUCAACGCCAUUUGUGCAGAGCCAACACCAGAUUCUUCCGGCUGUCUCCAUUACCCCAACUACCACUGAAUCACCUGAAGAUGCACCCACCAAGGCAGACACGCCUUUGCCUUCUGAUAAGCACAAAUGUUUUGAACAUUCAGGAAGCCUCUCUGAAAUGUUGGACCUGGCUGGAGACCUGCCUCGGCCAUCAUUAGAGAGAAGGGAUCUGGACCACAUGAGGCGAAAGUCUGUGCCCGCCAAUGUUUCAGCUCUAGUGGGGAGCUCGUUGGCCAAGCUUGCCUUGGGAGAUCAAACCUCAAGAGUGGCGGAGGGGGAAAGUCAGCUAGAGGAAGUGGGCUACUGUGUCUUCCAGGAGUACUUAGGGCCCAUGCCUUCUCCUGCUGAUGUACCAAGUCCUGGGGAAUCUCCUCACCAGCUUUUCCCCUCAACGGAGAGUGAAGUUGAGGAGGAGCUUGGGGCCACAAAAGCUGAAGCUGUUCAAAAAGGAACUCAACAACAAGAUCAUAAAGGUAUUAUCCCUGAGAGUUCUCAAAAAAUAGGGUUUGAGAAGAAAGAUGCACCAGUAAAGAGUACCCUGAUUCUUGAAAGAGCUCCGACAAGUGUGAAACCUGAUCGUUUAAGAAUCCCGAUGACUUCUACAAAAGACAGACUGAAUGAGUUUCGUUUGGAGAGUGGCCUGCCUGGUGACAUAAAGAUCCAAGCAAUUCCUGAAGUAGAAAUUGAAAAAGACCCCUCCAGAGAGGCUUCUCCCAGCCCACAAGACAGUUCCUUUACUUUCACUCCUUUGGAAACUGGAGGCAAGGUUCCCCCAACUCCUACCCCCCCCAAGUCCCCAUAUGAAACUCCCACAGAUACCCAAAUCAUUAAAGAGAAGCCAGGGAAUGAUGUCCUCCCGGAGGUCAAAGCAGAGGACCAUCCAGAGUCUGACAGAAUUGAUAGUAGACAGACAGAGUUAGACAAAGAAAUACUGAAAUCUGAGCAGAAGGAAUUAGAAGAAAGAAGAGAGGAACCAGAAAUGACAAACACAAACAUACCAGCAUCAUCUCAGUCUUUAGAAAACAGCACAGAAAAAGGUAACAAGAAUAUUGAAAGUGUGAAUGGGACACCUACAAGAUUAGAAAGAAUAGAAAAGCAAGAGACUCCAAAAGUUGUUCAGGAUUUAAGCACUGGAAUGCCCUUAGAUGAGAAAGAUGCCCAAAUCCAGUUACAGGAUGUGACUCUGGAUAAGUCUGCUCCACAUAUGCCACAAAUAUCCUCCCCAGUCAUCAUUAUACCUCAAGCACAAGUUGAGGAAGAAGCAGACGAAGAGGAUGACAUUGAGAUUGCCGAAGAGCCUCAAGAAGUAAUUGAAGAAGCUGAAGUCCCUGAGAGUCUAGUUAGGGGGAGGCUAAUGGUAGGGGAUCAGAUGGUAGAAGAACAUCCCAUGUCGGGAGCAGAAGAAUGUAGUCACAGUGCGCAAAGCAGUGAUAACGGGGAGCCUGUGACGGACAGUUUGCACUUGUCUCUAUGCUCCGACCAUGAUCUCCCACAGCAACUGGAUGAAGGUGACAGAAAUGAUGGGAUAGGUGAGGAUAAAGUAGAAGAACAUACACAAAUAAAUAGGGAUGAAGGGACUAAAGACGACGGUGAGGUGGUAGAGAAAGACCCUACAGGAGAGGAGCGAGUGGAAGAAGUUGGUUCUGAUGAAGUGCGUGAAGAGAAACAGAAUAAAACGAUGGAGGAUGAGGGGGAGGAGAGGAUGGGUGAACAGGAGGUGGAAGAGACCUCUGAUGUACUGCACCAGACCAGUCAGGAAGCUAAUGAUGAAACCACCAUGGACGUCUCUAUCCUAGAUACAGACAGUGGCUGGAUGGACUCACAAGAUGAUGACAAAAGUAUCAUGACUGAGCAAAUUGAAGCCCUUCCUCGGGUCCAGCGUCCUACUAGCACACCUGUGGUGGACAGACCCGCUAAACGGGCCCCUGGCAGAGGAAGGGGCCACCCUGGCAUCACUGAGACUAAAGUGUCCCGAAAAGUACCCAGCCACCAUCCACCAAAAGAGGAGAUGAAGAAGAAAAAAGCUGUGAGGAGGGCUGACCUGAAUAAGGUUUCAGCCCUCCAAUGUCGUUCUCCAUCUCGAAAGUGUGUAGCCAAAUCAGCAGCCAGACAUCCUAGGCCCGCUCUGCUUCACGGCUCUGCUAGACGCAAGGCCACAGGUAUGGAAAGCCAUCAGCCCCUCAGUGUGGCCCACCAGUCCAGAGAAAGGACCACUUCCCGACAGAGGACAACUAGCCCAACGCGGGCCGUUCUGUUAAAGAUGGCAUUUCAGCGCCGGGGAUCCGAUCACCAGCCCCCCCGGCCUGGCUCUGCCUGUAGCCUUAAGCGGAGCCCCUUGGUGCAGGCGGAGCUCAAUGAGGCCCGCUGCUCCUCUGCAUGUUCCAGCCCAUCCCCCUUGUCAAACGAAUGGGCAGAGAAGGAGAGAGCGUACCGCAGCCCAAAGAGGUCGUCCCUGCCCAGGCCGGCCAAAUCUCUGACACGCCACAUCCCUGCUGCUGAACAAGAAGACAGCACCCCCUCCAGGCCAACCUCGAUCCAGUCCAGGGGGGACAGCAGGUCUGGAAGAGCCCCUGGUAUGGCAGGUACAGAGUCUGCACGUUCCCGAUCAGUCCGUAGCGGUGCCUCCACCCCCGGCUCCUGCGCCGUCACACCCGGCACACCCCCUAGCUACGCCUGCCGCACCCCCGGCUCUCGCACCCCCGGCAGCCACACGCCCAAGUCCUUCAGCAUCCUCCAGGAGAAGAAGGUGGCGGUCAUCCGAACCCCGCCCAAGUCUCCAUCCUCAGCUCAACGGCAGCUGAAGGUUCUUAAUCAGCCCCUGCCUGACCUGAAGAAUGUAAAGUCCAAGAUCGGGUCCACCUCCAACCUCAAGCACCAGCCGAAAGGCGGACAGGUUCAGAUUUUACAGGAGAAGCUGGACUUCAGUCAUGUUAAGUCAAAGUGCGGCUCCAAGGAUAAUCUGAAGCACUCGCCCAAAGGAGGCAAUGUCAUGAUUCCAAGUGUUAAACUGGACUUUAGCCACGUUCAGGCUAAAUGUGGCUCCCUGGACAAAAUCCAGCACGCAGCAGGCGGGGGAAACAUCCAAAUCCAGACCAAGAAGAUCGACUUGAGCCACAUCACCGCCAAAUGUGGCUCCAUGUCUAACAUCCGCCACAGACCGGGGGGAGGUCAUGUGCGCAUUGAGAAUGUGAAGCUGGACUUUAAAGACAAGGCCCAUGCCAAGGUCGGCUCCCUGGGCAACGCCAGCCACACUCCUGGAGGAGGGAAUGUUAUGAUCGAGAGCCACAAGCUGAGCUUCCGGGAAACGGCCAAAGCCCGGGUGGAUCACGGCGCUGAAAUCAUCAUCACCCACUCCCCUGGGGUCGGGACGGGAGGCACCUCCCCUCACCUGUCCUCCUCCGGCAGCAUCAACGUGCUGGAGUCGCCCCAGCUGUCCACGCUGGCCCAGGACGUCACCGCUGCCCUGGCCAAGCAGGGCUUAUGAGCAGGCUGCCACGGAUUCACAUACCCUGCAAAAUCCAAACCAUUCCUCCCAUCAAUCUCAUAAGCAUCCAGUGUUCUCCCACGGUCCCUCACUGCAACAUGACCCCCCCUCCCCCACACACACACACAAUUGCCCCCACAGGUUCUACAGUUGUAGUUGAUUGACUGUCUUCGUCUAUCAGCGACCCUUCCAGCCCUCCGAAUGGGAUUUAAAAAACUGAGUUCUAAGAUGAUUCCUCAUUCACACCCAGUCACUCUUUAUUUGUUUCUCAUUCAUUUUUCAAUCACUCAAUAUGGACUUGUUUUGUUUAGUCUUAGAUGAAGGCUAAGGUUUGAGUGGUUGUGUUUGUCUAAGAAAGCAUUUGUACAGUGAUUUAACGCAUCACAUUCCACUUGUAUGAGGAUAAACGGGAAGGGGAACUCAUGCAUAAUGUUCAUUUAGAAUUGAUGUGGUUCUGAAUGCAAGAAAUAGCUACUAGAUACCAGACGCUAGUCUUAAAGAUCAACUGUGUGAGAGUCUUAAUUUACAGCAACGUGGCUUGUAACUGUAUCUGCAAAAGAAUGGCUGAUAAACAUGUCUGCUUACAAUGUGACAUGACAUUCAUUUCUGUUUGUUGGUUGGUUGGUUUUAAUCGUAUGAUCUCCUGAUAUGUGCUGAAUUGUUGGACAAACUGUUUUCUCGUUAGGUUUUCUUUUUUUAUAUAUAUGUCCCUGUAGUGAGAGUUGUUCCCGUUUUGUAUGUUCCCUGUGGCUGCACUGGCUUAUUAGCACCUAAUUGUGGAUAACCACUGCAGUUAUGUCGAGUUAAGCGCUAAAAGGCUAGCUUUCCAAUAGAUUUUCUUCCUUUUUUAUCCACAAACCAAUGGGCUGCUCUUUUUGUUUGGUUUUACCUUAGCUCUGUGGUUUUUUUAGACUACAACUAUGCUUUUAUGCUGGCAUGGCAAAUACAUGAUGAAUAAAUUAGAUCUUUUUGGGGCAAUCUUUAAACUUUUCAGUGUGAGUAUAAAUGGCCAGGAUGCAUUCUAGUGUCUGUACUACAUGGUCAGAUCUUCAGAUCCCUGAACAGCCUCUCAUGCGCCUGUGAGCUUUCCCCUUAUUGCAGAGACUGGGUUGUACAACGUAUUUGAAUGGGCAAUGUGUGUUUCAAAAAUGGAAAGUAUGAAGCUUUAUAUGAAAACAUUCCAUUAAAAGAGCAGCUACUCUGCCCUUUUGUGCGAUUGAAGCAGUAACUUUACAGGAAACGAAGAAGAACUGGGAAGAGGGCGUAACCCUCAACUUGCAGUUGUUGGGAUUCAUUUAAAAUAAAAAGGAUUACAGAACAUAACUGUUUCAGGACAUUCUCUGCUCUACCCCCCCCCCCCCCCCCCUUCCUUUUUCCUCCUUCCCAGAUGUCAGUUACCCCUCCAGUGUUUUCUGUGCUUCCUAUAUUCUUCCUAUAUUCUUGCCUCCCUCCUCCCCAGCCCCCCUCUGCCUGUAUUGGUGUAUUUAAAAGACCAUGUAGAUGUGUGCACACGUUCCGAUGUUUGAGAUGUAUGACGACAAAUGCUCCUACAGGAUGAUGACAACCGAAAUAAAGAACAUAAAAACAGA